GUCUUAUGCCAAAAAAGCUCCUCUUGCCCCCUGCCCUGUACCCCGGCUUCUCCCACAUAAGUGACCACUACCCUUUAUACUGGAUUUGUUGUCCAUAACCUGUUCGAUAAAAUGUCAACCUUCUUUCCUUUGGUACUGAUAUUAAUUUACUCAAUAAUAUAUAAACUAAUAGAAUUAUUGUAAUUAAGAUGCUUUAUCCUCUUUCAUAUCUGUGAGCGCAUUUGAUGUGUUUCUGUUGCUUUGACAUAUGCUUGUUUAUUGCUGAUCUCUUUCUUCAGUCUGUAAUUAAGAAGAAGUAUGGCCAAGAUGCAACAAAUGUUGGUGAUGAGGGUGACAUUGCUCUAAUAUCCAGGAGAACAAGGAAGGUCUUGAAUUGCUUAAAACAGCUAUUGCUAAAGCUGGUUACACUGGUAAAAUGUCAAAGGCGGAUGUUUGUAUGGAAGCAGGCUGCAUCCAAGCUUAGGGGUGUACAAGUUUUUACUUACACAGAGCUUGAGAUUGCAACAAACAAAUUUAGUGCAGCAAAUGUGAUAGGAAAUGGAGGGUAUGGGGUAGUGUAUAGAGGGAUUUUGAGUGAUGGCACUGUGGCUGCAAUUAAGAUGUUGCACAGAGAAGGGAAACAAUGAGGAACGUGCCUUUCGGUUAGAGGUUGUGAUUGGGAUGGAUGUGGCUGCUUCUGAGUUUUAUGGUAAAGACAAGACUUAUGAUCUAAACGUCAAAGAAG